AUGAAAAGUGUAACAGAAAGACGACAACAGCGGCCAUAUGUGAGAUAUGUCGGGCAAGAUGUGCGUGGCGCGGGCGCUCGUAGUCAAGGGCGCCGAGGCAUGACGCGAGGGACGCUCGACGUGAAGCAUGCGCGGAGGACAGGAGCGCUCAUAUCGCGGGCAGCAGCGGGCUCGGCGAGCGCGGCACCCGCCGCACGCUGCCGCUCCACGCCUCCCCCAUCAUAUCCUCGUCUCCCUGCACACGCGCACUCGACAUACUCUCAGCAUCACACUCCUCAACUUCCCAACUCUGAGAUCGAGAGUUUGAUAUCGUUUACUAUAAGUAGGGCAGCUAGGAUAGCUCUAGAACGCCACUACCACGGAAGAGGAAAUUAA